GGGGGACGUCUGGCAACAUACCACCUCCACGUCUACUCAUUUUCUUCCUGUUACCCUGCUCAUGCUUUCCCUUUCUUGACGUAUCGCACAAAAAAACCCGCUGGAUAUCCUGAAACUUCGUUGGACGCAAAUAAGAUACCUCUCUCCUGUGCAAAAUGUCAAACAUCGAGCUGAACCGACUACGGUCAAGUCCCCACCCAGACUCUCGUUUCCUGACCGAAGAGCCGCAGGACAUACAUGAUAUAUUCAUCCACUCCAACGCGUCCUAUCUACCCGACGGCCGACCCGGACAACAUCCGUCCACCAUGGAAGCGUGACCUGCACGCCCUGCUCGAACAGCCGAACAUCGUCAGCGGGGGCAUUUCCUCAUACAUGUCCUCAUGACAUUCCUGAUCGUUCUGUCCUGCCAUCGUAACGGUGAUGGAAACCGUCCCAGCGUUUCACUCGAUAUCAACACGGGUCUGGUUUGGCUUUGAGACAAGUUUGGUAGCAUUGUUUACGGUGGAAUAUGUUGCGCGGUGUAUAGCAUGGAGUGGUUCAUGGAUGAGUUUGCUGAGGUGGAUGGUAUCUUUCUACGGGAUAAUAGACUUAUUGUCAGUGUUGCCUUAUUAUAUAGAGAUUAUCCUACAGCAAGACACAUGCUGUACUGAUACCAUCAAAGGAUACUUUAUCGAACGUGGCACCUGGGAUACCACACUAGAGACAUUUGUCAACUCUGACGGUGACCCAACGCAGUUCGCAUCUAUACCUGCUGCAGCCUGGUUUGUCAUCGUCACAAUAUCCACUGUCGGAUACGGCGAGAUUACCCCUCGCUCUUUCCUCGGUCGCCUCGUCACAUUGCCUUUACUCGUCUUUGGCUUGCUCCUCAUCGCUCUCCCCAGCUUUGUUCUGGGACGGGAAUUCAGUAUCGUCUGGGAAAAGAUGACUGAGAACCAGCGUCAGCCAAUUGACGAGCUUGAUAUCGUUGACUCGCCCACGCUGACGAGACCGCUGUUCAGUACAAGUAGUGCAUCGAGCGCAAGUGGCAGUUCAAAGAAAAAAGAUCUGUCAAACAGGAAGCUCGCGCAAAAUCAGACGGAGUUGAGCAGGCAGAUCGAGCAGCUGAGUGCGACCGUAGAGGCGCAGGGUGCGAUGAUUCAGCGGUUAUUGCAGGUGAUGGACAAGGGCAAGCAAAGGGAGCAGCGAUAA